AUGAUUAAGUCAUCAUUAAAGGAAGAAACUUCACCUGUUAGAAUAUUAUUAGAUAAUGGAUCCAUGCGAACAUUCCUUUUAGAAGAAGUUUCAAAAAGAUUAAAACUUCCCAUUGUAAGAUCGGAAACUUUAUCUGUUUAUACCUUCGGAGCUGAUGGAGCUCAAGAGAAAAUUUAUGAUGUUGUUAAAAUUAGAUUAGCUAAUAGGGAUCAACUUUCUUUAAAUAUUGAACUUGAAGCUCUAGUCACGAUUAAAAAUUUUGAUCAAGAACAUUCCAACAAUACUAUAGCCACGGAAGUUUUGAAUCGGAAAAAAAACAAUAAUGUUAAACUUCCUAAAUUAUCGAUAGAAAAAUAUUAUGGGGAUCCGAGUGUUAGGAUAGAAUUCUGGAAUCAAUUUCAAAGUACAAUUGAUAAAAAUGAAACAUUAUCUGUAAUAGACAAAUUCUCGUAUUUAAAAUCACUUUUAGGAGGUGCUGCAGCUAAUGUUGUUAAUGGGUUUUCGCUUUCUGAGGAAAAUUAUGUAAAAGCUGUUAAACUAUUAAAAGAAAGAUUCGGUAGAGAUGAAUUAGUUAUAAAUGCUCAUAUGAACAAAUUGUUAAAUCUCUAUCCUGUUAAAGAUGCUAAUAAUGUUUUAGGAUUAAGAAAAUUAUAUGACACUUGUGAAGUACAAAUUCGAAGUUUGGACUCUUUAAAAGUAACUUCCGGAAUGUAUGGACAUUUAUUGUACCCCAUUUUGAUUAAAUUAAUUCCUGAAGAAUUAGCUUUAAGCUUUAACCGUAGAAAAUUAGAUAAAGCAAAUCUAAGUGAUUUUGAUGUAAUGGAACUGAUAAAUUUUCUAAAAAUUGAAAUAGAAUGCAGGGAAACUGUUUCAUUCCAAAACUCGAGGGUAGAUAGAAAGAGAAACUUCAUUAAUCAUAAUACUGUCGCAAAACAACAAUUUGGCAAUUAG